AUGAAUGGCACUGAUACCGUCACGACAGUAAUUGCAGGUGUUCUCACCGAUCGUCUACGGUCGAAGAGCUCCGCAUUUCUCUUCGGAAUGGUCACGAUGAUUGCAUCGUCCUUGAUGUUCUUCCUCGGUGAGCACCUCGCAGUCGUCAUUGCAGCUCGCGCCCUUCAAGGCCUAUCCGCAUCAUUUGUGUGGGUGUCAGGUCUAGCUCUACUCAACGCCUACGUCAAAACCAGCUACGUCGGCACAGCCAUGGGGUACAUCUCAGUCGGGACGGCAGCUGGCGAGAUCUCUGGACCUAUUGUUGGAGGCGCGAUGUACGAACACGCUGGACACUUCGCAGUCUUGGGUUUGGUCUGUGGCAUACUCGGAGUCGAUAUUGUGCUCCGCCUUCUGCUAGUGGACAAGCCAUCAGACGAACAACAGCAGCGAAAUGGAAAUCCAGCCGACGAAGAGGAGCCCCUGCUCGGUGGAGUGACACAGCGCGGAGCCGACUCAACGAAUACCAGAGUCGCGCCACAAGACGUUAUCGAGCCAAAACACAUCAACAUCCUCGGCCUUCAACUAGACAAAGACCUGUGCGCUACCUACUACGCAACCUGUAUUGUGGGCACGAUUCGGUACGCCUUUGAGUCCGCGCUCGUUAUAUUCGUCAUUAAGCGCUUCUCCUGGUCUAUUUCUACCAGCGGCGUCAUACUAUUUGCGUUCCUCUGUCCUGCAGCUCUUGGCCCUUUGAUCGGUUCUCUCACGACCACGUAUGGACCGCGAAGACUUUCAGUCAUUCUAUUCAGCGUCGUGACUGUUUCCCUAAUUGCUCUGGGCCUCCUCACGCAACCCGUCACCGCUACCAAGGCCUCAUUUGUCAUCGCGCUGCAGAAGUAUUCAUCGACCAUGUCAGCUGGCUGGUAUUCUGCGUAUCCCUGGCUGCGUGGUGCGCAGUAA